UCGACAAAAGCUUUUACUGGGUUUUUCCUCACUCUCUUCUGUCGCGUUGUUAUCAUUCCUUGUAAUACUAUUACUACUACGCUUUGGUGGUGGGGGAGGAAGACGCCUCUUGGGCUCUUCUCGUACACCGCCGCUUUGGUGGUGGUGGUGGUGGCAGCGGUGGUGGCGCAUAACUCUAAUUGUUCCCGUUAUUAUUAUUCUUAUAAAUGCCCAAACCCGAACCCCAAUCUGGCUCAACCGCCGGGAAUUGGACCUGCGUCUAGGUUUUCAAGGAGGGGGGCGGCAAUGUCGAAGGCCCGCGUUUAUGCAGACGUUAAUGUCCUUCGCCCCAAGGAGUAUUGGGAUUAUGAGUCUUUAACUGUUCAAUGGGGGGAUCAGGAUGAUUACGAAGUUGUUCGUAAAGUAGGGAGGGGUAAAUAUAGCGAGGUCUUUGAGGGGGUGAAUAUUGCCAGCUCAGAACGAUGCAUUAUCAAGAUACUUAAGCCUGUUAAGAAGAAGAAGAUCAAGAGAGAGAUUAAAAUUCUUCAAAACCUUUGUGGUGGCCCAAAUAUUGUGAAACUGCUUGAUAUUGUUAGAGAUCAACACUCAAAGACUCCAAGUUUGAUUUUUGAGUACGUGAACAGCACUGACUUCAAAGUAUUAUACCCGACCCUUACGGACUAUGAUAUUCGCUAUUACAUCUAUGAGCUUCUGAAGGCUUUGGACUUUUGCCAUUCACAAGGAAUCAUGCACCGAGAUGUUAAGCCUCAUAAUGUUAUGAUUGAUCAUGAGUUGAGGAAGCUCCGAUUAAUAGAUUGGGGACUUGCGGAGUUUUAUCACCCAGGAAAGGAAUACAAUGUUAGAGUGGCAUCAAGGUACUUCAAGGGUCCGGAGCUCCUGGUUGAUUUGCAAGAUUAUGACUACUCCUUGGACAUGUGGAGUCUUGGUUGCAUGUUUGCUGGCAUGAUCUUUCGCAAGGAACCAUUUUUCUAUGGUCAUGAUAAUCAUGAUCAGCUUGUCAAAAUUGCCAAGGUACUUGGAACAGAUGAACUUAAUGCCUAUUUGAACAAAUAUCGUCUUGAGCUUGAUCCUCAGCUAGAUGCUCUUGUUGGCAGGCACAGCAGGAAGCCCUGGUCAAAAUUCAUUAAUAUGGAUAAUCAGCAUCUUGUUUCUCCCGAGGCUAUUGAUUUCCUGGACAAGCUUCUCCGUUAUGAUCAUCAAGAUAGACUUACAGCAAGAGAAGCAAUGAGUUCAAGCCCUUAUCCGAAGUGUUCGAUCAUAAAAUUUGUACAUAUGAAGUUCAUGUAGUUGGCUCACCCAUACUUCUUCCAAGUAAGAGCUGCAGAGAACAGCAGGACUCGCACACAGUAGACAUGGCAGGAAUCGCACAUAAUAGACACGGAUUUGCCUCUCAGAAACAACAGAUGGGUAUAUGAAAUAUGGAACUUCCCUUUGUGAACAAAAUGAAGGUGUUGCUUCGCAUAGCAGUAAUAUAUCGUGUUUAAUUUGGAAUCAUCUUGUUUGUGAGUUGAGGUUCUCAUAAGGCAUAAUGGCUUGAAAUGGAUGAAGUGGCACAUUUUAUUAGUUCUUGCUAAGAUUGUUGCUUGUAAACCAUCCACACAAUCUUUGUAGAGAUGAUUUUAGUUGCUUGUCACCGGUACUUUUAGUAAUGUUUCUCAAUCGUUUCGAGAGAAGAUUAUAAUACCUGUCAAUAUUUGGAUGUUA